AUGUCGAACUUCUGGUUUAACGAUGAUGGCUUCAAUAUGGGCCUUCAGAACAACGGCGAGUCCAUGGGAAUGUUCGACGACCUCGACCAGGCGCCGCUGCAGCACCCAGCCACUCCCAAUCAGCAGCUUCAACAACAACAACAAUCUCAGCAGCCGUCUCAACAGGUGGACGGGCUCUUCGGCCAACAGGACUACCAGCAGUUCGGUGGGUACGCGCAGAAACAGUCACAGCCUCCGUUGGACGCUAAGAGCCAGCAGAUGUACAUGAGACAAGACGAUAACAUGUCUAUUCCUCUGCACAUGCCUACCCAAGCGCCAGCUCAGCACACGCCGGGGCAGCAACACACCAAUCUAGACCGUGCCAAGCAGGAACAACUCCAGAAGAUGCGUCAGCAGAUUGUGCAGCAGCACAUGCUUCAGAAGCAGCUGCAGAACCAGAAUCAACAGAGCCAACAGAGUCAGACUCAACAGUUCCAGCAGCAGUACCAACAACAACAGCAGCAACAACAACAGCAGUCGCUGCAGUAUCAACUGCCUCAGGUUCAGCCGCUGCAGCUUCAAUCCGGAGCCACAUCAGGUUCAAUGAUGGGACAUUCUGGACCCCAAGUCCCACCAGCACAUCAAGGAAUUCAGGGUCCAGGACCUCAGGGGCCUCAAGGACAAGCACAAAUCGCGGCUUCAGCCAUGCUGCCAGCAGCAAUGGGAGCGGACACAAAUACUCCAAGUGCGGGUAGUCAGUAUGGUGGCCCGGGCUUAGGACAAGAUAAGACCAUGCCCAUGGCACCGGGCCAGGCUCAGCUGAAGCUCUCCCACACACAAAUGGCGCAGUUGCAACACGAGUUGUUCCAGAUGACACUCAAUGACUUCAUGUCGCGCCGUGGAACGCCCAUCACCCAGACUCCCGUGGUGAACAACAAGCGUAUCAAUCUCUUGGUGCUUCACAUUCUCACACGGAAAAUCGGUGGAGCAUCCGUGGUGCUCAAGCAUCUCCAGAUGCUCAGUCAGCCGUCGCUCCAGGUUACCGACUGGACCACAGUGUGUCAGAAGUUGGGUCUUUUCGAUGGAAUAGAUAUUCUGAGUAAUUUGGCUGCCAAACUACAAAUCGAGAAGCAAUUGGGAACCUGCUACUUGCAGAAUAUACUUCCCUAUGAGCAACACACGCUGACAGAGGAGGGCCAGAAGGAUAUUCAGGCCCGUAGAGUGCAAUUCCAAAGGCAAUUGGCAUUGCGCUUACAACAAAAUCAGCAGAGACUGGCCGCUGCAGUUCCUGGCCAAAGUCCCCAGCUUCAGCAAAACCAGAUGCAGCAGGCUCCUGGCCAGCAGGGUCUCAUGCAAAAUGCCCAUCAGAGACCAAUGGACUCCACCAACUCGCCUAAUCCAAACCAGAAAUUGGGCCAAUUCCAAUCACCCAAUGCACCUUCGCAGUCUCCAAGAGCAGGAUACAUGGCAACUCCCGGAGCCCUCAACCAGGCAAGCCCGGCAACUUCGGUAACUAACUUGCAACGGAAGGCAUCCCAACCUAAUGGCUCCAACCACACGUCUCCAGCAGUCAACUCGCCUUAUAUGCAACAGCAGCAGAUAUCAAGAUCUGGCAGUGUUAACCGUAGGCAGUCAUCUAUAAACUUGCAACAAUUCGGACAACGACAUGAAUCUUCGGUUACGCCGCAGACCCAGGAGCCUGAUUUGCCCUCUGGUGACCCUAAUACGAUCAAGAAAUACGUACCCAUCAAGAAAGCAGGUGACACGUUUGGAGGUUUAAGUAUGAAAACCAUAUCCGAUCUUGGUGACGAAAUCGAGCUUACAAAGCCUGUGUACUUGUUUGCUCCAGAACUCGGAUCACUCAACAUCCAUGCUUUGACAAUGUCUUUAAGAAACUACUCAGAGAAUAAUCCAGGUGAGGCUUUCUCGGCUCUCAACACAUUGUUGGUGACCACUACAGAUAGCAAUUUUACAUUUAAGGUUUCAGAUGCUCCAGAGCUUUUGGACACCUUAGUUUCAUUGGGUUCCAAGAUCUUGGGCCAAGUUACAAACUCAAGAAAACCAGAAUCGGACAACAUCAAUUUCGACUUCGACACGAAGAGUGAUAUUGACUCGGUAUUUGCAAAAUACGUGAAUAAGAAUAGCAUGAAUGGUGAGGAUAUCGUUCUUGUUGUGGACUCCUUAACUGCUGAGGUUGUUGAGGAUGAGGACUCGGAUAUGGAGAUGGAUGAGAUUUUUUCCCCUCAGGUGACUACCACAGAGCUGGUUGCCUCCCACGUCGAAGACGAGAGUAUCACACUGUGUACAAUUCCUGAUUUCUUGACUGCUUUGCAGAAGUUCAGAGAGGAGAACAAGUACCACUUCAGCAAGACACAAACAAAGAGUGCUACUGAUCAGCAAGUUUUCUUGGUUGACAUGUUGAUCACUGUAACAAUGACCUUAAGGAAUUUGUCUUUCACCGAUGGUACCCGUGGUGUGAUGUCAAGCCAUAAAGGAUUGAAGAGCUUGAUUUUCGGUGUAGUUAAGGGUGUUGCAGUUCAGCCGGAGAGUUUCCAAUUUGAAAGGAAAAAGUUGUGCGUUUUGAAAGAUUGCCUCUUAAUCUUGGACAGAAUAGCCUUCCAAAUGGAACUUGACUCUUUGGAAGAGGCAUUUUUGGCUUUCUUAUUAGUAACCUCCUUUGGCCCCAAAUUGGAUUCGGAUGAAUCUGAUUCAAGUUUAAAGUUUGCAUUCCCCAUUGCACCAUUCGAAACAUACACGUAUUUACCAUAUGGUAUUGAUGUGUUCACCAAGCUUUUAGUCAGGGAGCCCAGGAACCGUGCCUAUUUACAGGCCAUCUUGACCGGAACAUUGAAUAUCAUCAACUCUUCCAGUCAUCCAAGUUCGGCAUCGGUGACUAUAUCUCCGAAGGACCACCAUGAAACAAAGAAAUUGCUCAAAGCAUAUCUCGGAGGGAAUGAGGAGAAAGCCAAGCUGGGAAUAUUAUUAACUAGGGCAUUCAAGUUCUUGAUUAGUGGUAUUCCAUGUUCCGUGAGUGGGGUGGAAUAUACGAGGUUUGUUUUCCAGCGGUCCUCCACCGUGUUGCAAACCCUUUUCGGAGUAAAAUUGCUUAUUGACUUAAUUCCUAUGGAGGAGGUAAAUGGUAACCUCACACUACUUACCACACACUGGCUAUCCAGUAAUGUGCAAAAGCUUUUCUUCAAUUUCAUCAAGAACACAUUUUCGUUGAUUACAGAGUCGGUGAAAUUUGCCCAAACUACGAACGAGCACAGAAUCUUAUCGUAUGUUGCAAUUAAAACAUUGAUAUUGAUUAACUCAUUAUUGGCGAAUGCCGUGACCUUGAAAUCAGCAAUCAGCGAGGGAGAAUUAUCGGAGGAGAAAACUGCUGAUAUCGAGGAUCAUUUAGCCAAAUUCAAAGACUUGUACCGAGUGCAGCCAGAGGGAGAAUUUGUGUUGAAUACACUCCUUGCGUCCAGCAUUGAUCCAGAUGUUGCACAAGAAGUCGUACGUCUCCAUGGCCUACUUGGCAAAUUGCGGUGA